GUUCUUCCUGAUGUUCAGGUGGAAUCUCCUUUCCUGUAGUUUGAAGCCAUUGUUCCAUUGCGUCCUAGUCUGCAGGGCAGCAGAAAACAAGCUCCCUCCCUCCUCCCUAUGACUUCCCUUCACAUAUUUGUACAUAGCUAUCAUGUCUCCUCUCAGCCUUCUCUUCUGCAGGCUAAACAUGCCCAGUUCUUUAAGCCGCUCCUCAUAGGGCUUGUUCUCCAGACCCUUGAUCAUUUUAGUUGCCCUCCUCUGGACGCUUUCCAUCUUGUCAACAUCUCCCUUCAAUUGAGGUGCCCAAAAUUGGACACAGUGUGAUUCCAGGUGUGGUCUGACCAAGGCAGAAUAGAGGGGAGCAGGACUUCCCUGGAUCUAGACGCUAUUCCCCUAUUGAUGCAGACCAGAAUCCCAUUGGCUUUUUUAGCUGCCGCAUCACAUUGUUGGCUCAUGUUUAACUUGUUGUCCACAAGGACUCCAAGAUCUUUUUCACAUGUACUGCUGUCUAGCCAGGCGUCCCCCAUUCUGUAUCUUUGAUUUCCAUUUUUUCUGCCGAAGUGAAGUAUCUUGCAUUUGUCCCUGUUGAACUUCAUUUUGUUAGUUUCGGCCCAUCUCUCUAGUCUGUCACUGUGCAUGUCAAGGGAAUGACUGCCCAUUUGCCUGUCUCAAACGCCCACUCUCGAUUCCCACAAGUUGGCUUGUGGUUGGUGGAAAAUGUCAGGCGAGCGCAUGUGGACACAUGUGUUUUCUUUCUUCUCUCACCACGGGAGGCAACUGUUGCUCAGGCGACCAGAUGCAGAACGGCACAAACAAACACGGCCUCCAUGCCCAGCCGUCUCGCCUUGGUGGGGACUUACCUCUCAUUUCCUCGGCCAGAACAAUGUUUUCCAGAUGACGGACUUGUGCACCGGAGGCCCUUCCUUCCUUCUUCCUUCCCCUGGAUGUUGUUGUGUGCCUUCAAGUCAUCUCUGACUUCUAGCAACCCUAAAGUGAGCCAAGAACAAAGUUUUCUUGCAUGAGGUUUGCUGGUUUUGUCUUCUUCUGAAGCUAAGAAAAUUCAAGGGUAUGUCAUUGGUUUCUAGGACCAACCCAGGUCUCCUACAGUUAUAAUCCAAUGCUUAGACCACUCCACCAUAGCAGCACAAAAAGUCAUGUUUGCAAAGGGAGAGACAUUAAGGAGAUGGGGCAGUGGCUCUUUCAAAGAUACAGUAGAGUCUCGCUUAUCCAACGUAAAUGGGCCGGGAGAACGUUGGAUAAGCGAAUAUGUUGGAUAAUAAGGAGAGAUUAAGGAAAAGCUUAUUAAACAUUAAAUUAGGUUAUGAUUUUAUAAAUUAAGCACCAAAACAUCAUGUUAUACAACAAAUUUGACAGAAAAAGUAGUUCAAUACGCAGUAAUGCUAUGUAGUAAUUACUGUAUUUACAAAUUUAGCACCAAAAUAUCAUGAUGUAUUGAAAACAUUGACUACAAAAAUGCGUUGGAUAAUCCAGAACAGUGGAUAAGCGAGUGUUGGAUAAGUGAGACUCUACUGUAAUGUCAAUUUUCUUCAGAGGAGACCUGCCGUAAGUUCUUCCUAAUGUUUAGGUGGAAUCUCUUUUCCUGCGCACAAUUAUAUAUAAACCCCACUUGCCUAGUUUCCAACAGACCUCACAACCUCUGAGGAUGCCUGCCAUAGAUGUGGGUGAAACGUCAGGAGAGAAUGCUUCUGAAACAUGGCCAGACAGCCUGGAAAACUCACAGCAACCCAAUUUCUUCUUAUGUUUGAGAAUGAAAACCGAAUUGUUAGACAUAGACUCCUAGAUAGCUAAGGGGUAUACUGCCAUCUUGUGACUAAUCAGGAGAAACAUGGAAAAAAGGAUUUAGGAUAAUAAUUAUAAUAAUAUAAUAAUAACUUUUUGGGGCCACUGGUGGUGGCGCAGUGUGUUAAAGGGCUGAGUUGCUGAACUGGCAGACUGAAAGGUCGCAGGUUCAAACUCCAGCUCCUGCCAACCUAGCAGUUCAAAAACAUCCAAAUGUGAGUAGAUAAAUAGGUACCGCUCCGGUGGGAAGGUAACGGCGCUCCAUGCAGUCAUGCCAGCCACAUGACCUUGGAGGUGUCUACGGACAACGCCGGCUCUUCGGCUUAGAAAUUGAGAUGAGCAUCAACCCCCGGAGUCGGUCACGACUGGACUUAACGUCAGGGGAAAACCUUUACCUUUACCUUCUUUAAUAAUAACUUUAUUUUUGUAUGCCGCUUCCAUCUCCCCGGGGGGACUCUGAGCGGCUUACAUGGGGACGAGCCCAAUCAACAUCAUAACAUCAUAAAAUAGACAAUUUAAAACACAUACAUCAUACAUAAAACAGAACAAUCAAACCGUAGUUUAAAACAACAUAAAAUUAUAAAAGCAUAUAAACAAUCUUAAUCAAUCGUCAGUGAGUCUUUAAGAGAGCCAAUCCUAGGAUGCAUCUGUAGAAUGAAUACAGUUUGAUCCUAUUUUAACGGCUAUAGCUCAGUCUAUGGAAUUCUGGGAGUUGUUGUUUUACAAUGUUCUUAGCCUUCGAGGCCAAAUUGCGUUGCUACCUCACCAAGCUAUAACUCCCAGGAUUCCAUCGCAUUGAGCCAUGGAAGUUAAAAAUGGUUUUCAACUACAUUUAUUCUACAGUGUAGAUGCAUCCCUGGAAAGAGAAGAAACUUUGCAGAACAUUGUUAUCAAGCAAUUUAGAGCAGCAGUGGAUAGUGAGAUCCAAGCAGCUGUGGGUUGAGCCUGGUGGGGAAAAGAAGUCAAUAAUUCCAGAAUAGAUCUCACCAAGUUGAAGCAGAAGCCACCGAGGUAUUUAUUUAAUUCCAACACCCUUCUUAGUGAUGUCAGAGUUCUAUACUUUUUCUUUGCAACUUAUGUUUUGAGAUUGGGUUUUUGUUUGUUUUUUGUUUUGCUUCUACCAUCAUCAUCUUCUUCAUCAGAGGAGGAAAAAGAAGAGGAAGAGGAAGCAACUAUCCUAUAUCUGGGGUUAUUGUGUGUUUUCCGGAUUAUAUGGCCAUGUUCCAGAAGCAUUCUCUCCUGACAUUUCGCCCACAUCUAUGGCAGGCAUCCUACACCUCACAGUUGGCCUAUACUUCUCUCUGACUAUUUGUUAAACUGUGAGCACAUCAUCUCCACAGAUUUUUUUUAUUCCCCCUCCUGUCUUUAAAAAAAGUCUUACUGACAGUUUGAAAAAAAUGCCCUUUUUGUUUUAACAUUCCCAAACACGGGGGGGAAAAACUUUUCUGGGCUACCACUUCCAGAAUUCUCAGCCAGCAGACCAACUAGUGGCAAUGACAAUUCUGGAAAUCCGAGUUCAAAAAAGGAACUCUUCCAGGGUUUGACAACCACCACCUUCAGUUUCAGCCACUGUAAGACCUUGGCAUUGGGUUGGAAAAACUGAGCAAGAUGUGAGGUGGGAGUUGAGCACAGGGCUGAGUGCGUGACUCAGUUGCAGAGAUGUCAAUCUCACUCCUGAGGGACAAACGGCCCAGAUACCCCUCCGCCACAUCCUCUUCGCCACCUGCAAGCUGAGCAUGAACUGUCUGACAUGAAAGCCAGAGAAUGAAACACCACUCCGGCUAAACAGACCGCAAUACGGAAAGAAAGAUGAGUCAUUUAAGCAAAGUUUCAUUAAGAGAAUGCAUACAGUGGCUAACAGCUAACAGCCUCUGGCUCAAAACUUUUUUCCGAGCUAUGACAAUCCUAAAGCAACUGUAUCAUAUGAUUUCCUUGUCAAGAUUUGUCUCCUGAAGCCGAGAGAGUGUGACUUGCCCAAGGUCAUUCGGUGGAUUUCCAAUCCACGGCCGAGCAAGGAUUCGAAUCCUAGUCUCCAGAGUCCUGUGUCAGAAUUAGGAUAAAAUGAGGAGUCAUUACCAUCAUUGGGCUAACAGUGAGUGCUCACCCGCUCCCCGGAUUUGAACCACCAACCUUUCGGUCAGCAAGUUCAACAGCUCAGUUGUUUAACCCGCUGCAACACUAGGUGCAAAUUACUCCUGCACUUUGAAUACAGCAAUUGAAAUAAACUGAAGAUGAAGGUGGACAGUGGAAGAAGGAUGGAGAAACCAGGACAUUUUAACAUCAGCCGAAGAAGUCUGCAGACAGGAGAUUCACUAGAAUUGUCCCUGCCAAAAGAAGGCACUAUGCUGCUUGCAUGUAUGUAUCUGGGCUAGACGUUGGUUGCAUGUUUCCGCCUAACACCAACCACCUCAGCAGUGUCCUUACUCACAUAGACUCUCCUGUGUGUAAACAAAGCUGCUGCGGUUAAACUACCGGGCGAAUUCACGUGGCCUUUUAAAACUUCCUGUUAAGAAAACCUAGCUGUACAGCUAUGAUAGCAGCUACAUAUCGCCUGGCUUUUUUAACCGCAUGUGAAAACAGCAAGGUGCUCCGAAAAGUGUGUUUCCACCUUCCAGGAUUCAUUGUUGACAAAGCCGGGAUCAUUCCAAUGAGGGGGUCCGGAUACAUCACGCUUCCAGCCCACCUUGUCCUUAACUGGAGUGCAAUUGUGCCGUUGUUGCCAAGCCCAGGUUCAGAACACUAUAAUUGUAGUGAUCCAAGUGACAAAUUCCUGCAUUCCCUUUAUGCAGCCACAUAUACAAUCAUAUUCAUCCCGGGUCUCCUGACAAACAGCAUGGCUCUGUGGAUUCUAUGCCGUUUCAUCAGCAAGCAGAAUAAAACCGUCAUCUUCAUGGUGAACUUGGCCAUGGCUGACUUCAUCCACGUUCUCUCCUUGCCUCUGCGGAUAUAUUAUUAUGUCAAUUACAAGUGGCCUUUUGGGAGGUUCCUUUGCCAGCUCUGCUUCUACCUGAAGUAUCUCAACAUGUACGCCAGCAUAGGCUUCCUCACCUGCAUCAGUGUGCAAAGAUACCUCUUCCUGCUCUACCCGUUCAAGGCUAAAAACUGGAAGCGAAGGCAUGAUGUGGCCAUAUGUGUUGUGCUGUGGGUUGUGAUUGGAGCUGCUUGCCUGCCGUUCCCAUUGUUGAGAAGUUUUGAGAAGCCAGAGAGUUGCUUCACAGAGCUCAAAAUCAAACCAAUUGGGGGCAAGGCCCACUCCAUUGUGGUGGUAAUGGUGGCGGAGAUCAUCGGGUUCAUUGUCCCGCUUGUCAUUGUUGUCUAUUGUACCUGGAAGACCAAAGUGUCACUCCAAGAACGUCACGUCCCUUUGGAAAACACCAUGGAAAAGCGGAAGGCGUUGCGGAUGGUUUCCAUGUGCGCCACCGUCUUCUUGGUGUGCUUCACACCAUACCACAUUGUCUUCUUUUUCUUUAUGAUGGUCAAAGAAGCCGUCAUCCAAGACUGUGCCUUGAGCCAACCCAUCCUGUACCUUCACCCUUUUUGUUUAAGCCUUGCAAGCCUGAACUGUUGCUUGGAUCCCAUCCUCUACUUCUUCAUGACGUCGGAGUUCCAGGGUCAGAUAUUGAGGCACAGCAGCUUGGCCAUCCGGAGCCGUCUGAUGAGCAAAGAAAGCGCUUCUUCUGUUAAAGAAUAACUCCAGCUGGACUGGGAAUCGGACAGAGGACCAUAGACAAUGAUUCUAGCAUGUCUGGCCUUUCAUCCAGUGAAGACCAGUGUCUAACUGGGCUGGCAACCAUUCUCCUGUCUUUCAGAUGCGUGUUUUUGUUAGACUUAGGUAAAGGUAAAGGUUUUACCCUGACAUUAAGUCUAGUCGUCUCCAACUGUGAGGGUUGGUGUUAAGCCGAAGAGCCAGCAUUGUCCGUAGACACCUCCAAGGUCAUGUGGCUGGCAUGACUUCAUGGAGUGUCGUUAUCUUGCCACCGGAGCAGUACCUAUUGAUCUACUCACAUUUUACAUGCUUUCAGACUGCUAGGUUGGCAGAAGCUGGAGCUGACAGUGGGAGCUCACUCCGCUCCCGGGAUUCGAACCACCGGAGCAGUACCUAUUGAUCUACUCACAUUUUACAUGCUUUCAGACUGCUAGGUUGGCAGAAACUGGAGCUGACAGCGGGAGCUCACUCCGCUCCCCAGAUUCGAACCAACGGAGCAGUACCUAUUGAUCUACUCACAUUUUACAUGCUUUCAGACUGCUAGGUUGGCAGAAACUGGAGCUGACAGCGGGAGCUCACUCCACUGCCCGGAUUCAAACCAACGGAGCAGUACCUAUUGAUCUACUCACAUUUUACAUGUUUUCAAACUGCUAGGUUGGCAGAAACUGGAGCUGACAGUGGGAGCUCACUCCGCUCCCCGGAUUCGAACCACCGGAGCAGUACCUAUUGAUCUACUCACAUUUUACAUGCUUUCAAACUGCUAGGUUGGCAGAAACUGGAGCUGACAGCAGGAGCUCACUCCGCUCCCCGGAUUCGAACCACCGGAGCAGUACCUAUUGAUCUACUCACAUUUUACAUGCUUUCAAACUGCUAGGUUGGCAGAAACUGGAGCUGACAGCGGGAGCUCACUCCGCUCCCCGGAUUCGAACCACCAGAGAAGUACCUAUUGAUCUACUCACAUUUUACAUGUUUUCAAACUGCUAGGUUGGCAGAAGCUGGAGCUGACAGCGGGAGCUCACUCCACUCCCCGGAUUCAAACCAACGGAGCAGUACCUAUUGAUCUACUCACAUUUUACAUGUUUUCAAACUGCUAGGUUGGCAGAAAUUGGAGCUGACAGCGGGAGCUCACUCCGCUCCCCGGAUUCGAACCACCGGAGCAGUACCUAUUGAUCUACUCACAUUUUACAUGCUUUCAAACUGCUAGGUUGGCAGAAACUGGAGCUGACAGCAGGAGCUUACUCCGCUCCCCGGAUUCGAACCACCGGAGCAGUACCUAUUGAUCUACUCACAUUUUACAUGCUUUCAAACUGCUAGGUUGGCAGAAACUGGAGCUGACAGCGGGAGCUCACUCCGCUCCCCAGAUUCGAACCACCAGAGAAGUACCUAUUGAUCUACUCACAUUUUACAUGCUUUCAAACUGCUAGGUUGGCAGAAGCUGGAGCUGACAGCGGGAGCUCACUCCGCUCCCCGGAUUCGAACCACCGGAGCAGUACCUAUUGAUCUACUCACAUUUUACAUGCUUUCAGACUGCUAGGUUGGCAGAAACUGGAGCUGACAGCGGGAGCUCACUCCGCUCCCCGGAUUCGAACCACCGGAGCAGUACCUAUUGAUCUACUCACAUUUUACAUGCUUUCAGACUGCUAGGUUGGCAGAAACUAGAGCUGACAGCGGGAUCUCACUCCGCUCCCCGGAUUCGAACCACCAACCUUUUGGUCAGCAAAUUCAGCAGCUUAGCGGUUUAACCCACUGCGCCACCGGCGGCUCAGUGUUAGACUUACAGGGACUCAAUGUGAGCACUAUUGUGGGACGUACCCAGAAGAAGGACAUUGAAUGCAUUUGUUUCUUCAAAGGUCCAAAAGAAAAUCUCUGGGAGGUUUAGGAGACCUACCUGUAGAUGCUAGUAUAGCAACUGGAGCUCUUCUCUGCUGGUUGCAGAUCUUCUCAUAAGUGCAUCCAUCCCAACCACUGGAGUUUUAUGCAGAAGGCUUUCAGGGAAUGGUUUCUGUAAAACUUGUUGUUUUUGAUGUUUGCCAUCACGCUGGCACCAACUAAUGGUGGCUCUACGAAUGAGAAACCUCCAGGAAGGAACCCUGCUCAUUCAGGUCUUGCUGUGGCUUCCUUCAUUCAAUCCAUCCACUUGUUGGGUGGCCUCCUUUUUUCCUAGUGUCUUCUACCUUACUAGUUUUUCAGGCUAUUGUUAUUUAAGCUGAGUUCACACAACAAGAGAUCCAGUUGCUCCUGCUGUUCUAGUCGGGACGAUCAAUACCAUUUUGGUUUUAUCCAACUCAUCGUCUGAAUUUUCAGCUUUUUUUUCCAUGUCAGAAGCAACUUCAGAAACUGCAAGUCACUUCUGGUGUGAGAGAAUUGGCCAUCUGCAAGGACGUUGCUCAGGGGACACUUGUAUGUUUUGAUGUUUUUACCAUCCUUGUGGGAGGCUUCUUUCAUGUUCCCAAAAGGAGCUGGAGCUGAUAGAGGGAGCUCAACUGCAUUCGGGUUGGAUUCGAACCGGCAACCUUCAGGUUGGCAACCCAACCUUCAAGUCAGCAGUCCUGCCAGCACAAGAGUUUAACCACUGCGCCACUGGGGGCUCCUGCUUGAAUUUUCAGCCAUCCAUCCAUGAACUCAUAUGUUGUUAUCUCCAUAAACAUGUAUUCAAACAAUAAAAGAGUUUAGAUGAAUAAAAUAAUAGUUUUGAAGAAAAAAGUGGACGAGUUCUGUUAUCAGUUCUGCCCACCAAUUUUUCAGAUAAAUACAAGGCCGGUUCAGACAUUUAAUCUAAAAAGAAAUCCUAAAACAUUAUUUCAAUGACUGUUUGCAUUCUUGCGUAGACUUUCCCCUAAUGCACAUAUUUUUCUAUGCAUGGUUGAUUUAGGUUUUUCCAUUGCUAAAUUAGGGGAACUGAGGCAUUCAUUGGUUUGAAUGAGUAAAUUAGACCAUAUUUGAUCCAUGUUUCCCCACCCCUAGCCAUAUAUACAUUGGUCCUAGGUUUAGUUGUAAAUUUGUAGGAACAUCUCUUGUAGGAAUAUCUAUUGAUAACACAAACUAUAAAAGAAGACGUUUGGGGAACAGAGGAGCAGUACUUUUCACGCCCCCAUGAUUUCCCCCACACAAAUAUACAAGAUAAUAUUCUGCUUCUUCUUUUGAUUCUCAAAAGGCAUCCGGAUAUUCUUUACUCCUCCAGGUGCAUCCUGUGAGUUAUAUUUAACGGCAGAUUGUUGCCAAGACAAAGUAGUUGUGAGAGUGGUCCAGCAUUUCUGUGUUCUCAAAUUAUAUUAUAUGCGUCCAGGUUGGUUCGUCAAGUGCUCUGCUAUCGCUGACAUCUCUGGUUGAGUUAGUCUGCAAUGCCUUUCAUGUCAGACUACACAGAGAAGCCAUUGAAAUCCACAACCAUGCGGACAAUUUCAACAGAAAGGAGGAAACCAUCAAAAUGAAUAAAAACUGGCUACCAGUAUUUUAAAAACUCUAAAAUCAGGACAAUAAAUAAAGAACAACACUCUGAAAGAAGGGGAAUUCCAGACAGGAAACAAUCAGGGCGAGCUAACACCUCUCAACAAAGGAUUCCCCAGGCAGGAAGCAGCCAGACUUUGAAGCUGUAAGGCCAUUCAAUGCUAAAUCAAGCUAGUCAAUUGCAACAUUCACAUUUGCCUCCAACAGACAA